AUAAAACGACACACGAUGCCGUACAAAUCAGUCUUCUGCCCGAACACUACAAGGCAGCUCGUAUCAGUUUCCGACAAUCCGGCACAGCGCACCAUGAAGGUUUUCGUAGUUCUGAGCGUUUUGGUGGCUCUGGCCGUGGCCGAGCCCCCGGCUUAUCGUGGCCAGAAUCAGCAGCAGAGGAGGUACUACUUCGCCCGCCAAGAGGUGGAAACUCCGGCUCAAGCGGAGGCGGACGCGCCGUAUCCACCCUCGGGAUGGAAGCCGGCUGGUCCAUCCUUCGAGCUACCCCAGAGGCAGCUCGAGGACUCUUACGGGCCCCCGAAGUCGUUUGGAAGUCCUAUUUCCACCGAUCAGCAGCAGCAGUACGACACUCAGGGUUCGAGGGUGCAGGGAAAUCAGCAGCAACAGAGAUUCCCGGUAAACUCGCCGCGGUUCCAGAGUCGUCAAGAGCAACAACAGCAGCAACAGCAGCAGCAAUUCGCGGCCGCCCAGAACCAGGACCAGCAACGUCAAUACCUGGCCCCGGUGUCCCAACCUCGCAACACUCAGUACGGCCCUCCCGAACCCCAAGAACAAUUCCAGCCCCCGCGUCCCGACCAGGAAUACGGUGCCCCAUGGACGACGACCACGGAGGAACCGUCGACCACAACCGAAAUCGAAGACGCCACGACGACCUCAGCACCGCAGACAGACUCCGAGGUCGAGCCCGUCAACUCAGUCAACGAGCUGGACGAGGAGGGUGACUUGGACGAGCAGCAGGUCGAGGCGCAGCAGCAGGAUCGCCAGAAGGGUCAGUACUACGUGGCUCUGCCCGACGGUCGUCUGCAGCGCAUCCAGUACGUCAGCCGCCAGGACCUCGAGGCGAUGAAAUACUUCGCCAGGAUUCAGGCCGAGAACGUCGAGCCCCUGCGGGGACCGAUCUACUCCUACUCGCCGCUCCAGGAGCUGCAAAUCGCCCCCGCAAGCCUCCGCUACACCCCCGUUUCACCCGCGGCGGAUUCGGCGUCGGCACCGGCGAAGAUCGAGCUCCAGGAAGAGGCGGCACCGUCGCCUCCACUCGCCGCCACCCUUCUUCGGUACUCUUACGGCGCACCCUCGCCCGUUGUUCCACUCUCCCGAGACUCCAGAUAUUCCGCAAACUACAAAGCCCCGAACCCCGAGACUCGGUAUCUUCUCAGCUUCUAAUACGGUAAUUGAAUCCCAUCCUCCUCAAAUUUUUCGAUGCUCAAGGGGAUGAUUUUUUACAAUUUACGCGAGUUUCGAUGCGAAGAAAUUUUUAAUUUUCGGUGGUACAGCUUUAUGUCUUGGUUCGAUUUUUAGUACUUAAGAUUUCACUUUGCAAUGGUCUUGAACGCUAUAACGCACCCUGAAAGUAACUUGAAUUUUGUCAGUCUCGGUUUCUUCAGUUUCUGUUUCUCUUUGAGCAGCGACUUGAAUCUAUCGACGCAGAAUCCCCGUGAAUACGGUAAAAAUUACCGGUUUUCAUACCGCUCGCUGUCUUCCGACGCUCGGCCUCAAAACCUGCACUAUACACUUCACGAACUUAUCGGCGACUCGACAGUUUAAAAAUUGUUUAAAAAAAGCAAACGUUCACUCCGUUACCUCGCCGCGCUCUUCUCUCUUAUAUUAUAUCCUCUUAUCCGUGUAUCCGUAAUCUCGAAUAUAUGUCUUACUUAAAUGAAAAUCUUAUAAAAUAUCCCCAAUAUACAUAUAUACACACGUGUAUAUAUAUAAACAUAUGUCUAUAACUUCGUAUAACUUAUGAGAAAUAAAAAGCAAAAUGAAAGGGUACAAUAAAUGUAAAAAACAA